AUGAUUUCGAUUUUACAUAUUAUUACAACAUUACUAUUAGCUAUUAUCGGUUUUGGUCAACCACUAGGUCUACUGACGACAUUAUUUAAAUGUGGUCCAAAUGAAAAAUACACGUCUGGUUCAAUAUGUAUCGAAACAUGUACAUUCAAACCACAAAUUUGUCCUGCAAUCGUCAAAUUCGGAUGUUUUUGUAUGGAUGGAUAUAUACGUCAAUCAAAUGCUACUGGAAGUCCUUGUAUCAAACAUGAAGAAUGCAAAAGUUUCAUUGAUAUACCAAUAUGUGGUAUCAAUGAAGAAUAUACAACAUGUGGUUCAGCUUGUGCUCCUACCUGUGACGAUUUACGUUAUCCGUUACCAAAACCACUUAAACCUUGCAUUUUAUUAUGUCGUUCAGGGUGUUUUUGCAAGCAAGGAUAUUAUCGAGCAGACGAUGGUAAAUGUGUUGCACCUGACCAAUGCUGCGGUGAAAACGAAAAAUAUCAAACUUGUGGUUCAGUUUGUGUUGAAACUUGUAACAAAAAACCUCAAAUUUGUACACUACAAUGUGUUGCUGGAUGUUUCUGUGCCUGUUCAGAUUAUGUCCGACAGGAUAACAGUACUGUUAGUUCUUGUAUUCAUCGUGAUAAAUGUCCGACAGCAUGCGCAGAAGAUAAUUGA